AUGGCUCGUACAACAAUAGAUAGUGUCGCAGAUUUAAAAAUAUACAAAAAGAUUGGUCAUGGGAAGACUGCUGAAGUAUUUUUAGUUAAAGAUGUUAUGAAUAAUAGCUAUGCAUUAAAGAAAUUCCGUAAUGAAUACACUAGCUAAUAGUAAUUGACUUUUAAGGAUUCUUCUUCACCCAGAGAAAAUAGCUAUCACUCCACAAGCUGUUUUUCAGACCCUGAAAAUGAAGUCAAAGUACUUAGUGAAUUAGGAAAUCAUCCCAACAUUACUCGCAUUCAUUUCUUUGAUGGAUAACAUAUUUUGAUGGACUUGAAUAGAAACGGUGAAUUAUUUGAUUACAUUUCUCUUGGUUCACCUCUUUUUGAUGAAGAAUUAGCUCGCUUCUACUUUCGCCAGAUGGUAGACGUGAUCGAUUUUAUGUAAUAAUCAAGUUAUGCUCACCGUGACAUCAAACCAGAAAACAUCCUCCUCGAUGAACACUUCAAUCUCAAACUCUCAGACUUUGGUUUCUCAACUAAAUAACAAGAAGGUGAAUAGCUUACCCAUAUUCUAGGUACUGAUGGUUAUAUGGCUCCUGAGUUGCUUAGAGGUAGAGGCUACGACGGAUUCAAAGUAGAUAUUUUUGCUAUGGGUGUCGUUUUAUUCUGCAUGGUAAACGGUUUCCCUCCUUACUACAAAAAAGCUAUUGCUACUGAUCCUUACUACCGUUUCUUUGUAGAAAAAAGAACCCAUGUUUAUUGGUCUUGCUUACAACGCAAGUACAAUAAGAACUACUCAAAUGAAUUUAUGAGUCUAGUUACUGGUAUGCUUGCCUACAAUCCUCAAGAGAGAAUUGACCUACAAAUGAUAAAGAGUCAUCCCUGGUACCAAAAGCCUUGCUCUCUUACCACAGAAGAAAUAAUCUCCCGCAUGACCCAAAUCCGCUCUCAAAUCAACACUGAAGCAAAUGUUUGA